AUGCAGUUAAAUAAUUUAUUCUUCGUUUUUAUAAUUUUAAUUUUACCAAUUUAUUCAGAAAAACUAAAAUGUUACACUGGAUUAAAAAGUGGAAACUUAGAAAAUAAGGAAAAAAUAGCAGCUAGUAGAUUUAGACAAGUAAAUUGUACAACCAAAUUUUGUGGAUUAUUUACUUUUAAAAAAAUGGAUGGUAUAUUUGAUGAAUAUGAAACUGCUAGUUGUGCAUCAGAAAGCACCUGUAAUAAAUUUAAAAAAUCAAAAAUUGUAAGAGUUAAAGAAGUUCCUGAUAUUGAAAUAGAAAGAAUAUAUGGUAUGAAAAAAUAUAGAUUAACAAAAGAAGAAUUAGAAAUUAGAACAGAUAUUGAAAUGACUUGCUGUGAUACAGAGUUUUGUAAUUACGCAUACAAACCUACGUAUUUUAUUCAAAUUUUAAUAGCAAUAAGUGUAUUCAGUUUAUUCUUUAUUCAUUAA